GUUGUAGCAACUGAGUAGCUGCUCCAACGGGAAGACGUGGUCGUGGAUAAAGUGUUUUUCAAUGGUUAGUCGAUUGAAAUUUGUGCUUUUCAAAGUUUUGUCGCAGAGGCUAAAUUCACCAAGAAGACCAGUUUGAAAGUGAAUGAAUGACGGCUGACAACUGAUUUCCUCCUGAGCACAUCAGACUGGGAAAUAUGAAUACAGAUAUGCAGGUCGAGCUGGACUCGGUCGAGGCCGAGCUGGACACGGUGGAACUGCAGCUCGCAGAGAUCCUGCAGAAAAAGGCUGAGCUCACUUCUCGGAAGAAUGCCCUGCUGCAGCAGCUGGAGGAGGCCUGUGACACUGCACAGCCUUUGUCUUCUUCUGCCUCAAAGGCAUCUGAAGCCAAGCCAGCGAUGAGCAAGCAGGAAAUGCAACGAUAUGAUGGCACAGAUUUUCCAUGGUCCAGCAAGGUGGAGCAGCACCUGAAGGCCACAUUCCAUCUCUCUAACUUCAGACCUUUGCAGCUGAAAGCCAUCAACCUGACCAUGUCAGGCAAGGACCUGUUCCUGGUCAUGCCCACAGGAAGAGGGAAGAGUCUCUGCUAUCAGCUUCCUGCAAUCUGUUCUAAUGGUUUUACACUGGUAAUCACUCCCCUUGUAUCCCUGAUGGAGGACCAGUUGAUGUACCUGAAGACGAUUGACGUGUCAGCAGUCAUGCUCAAUGCAUCCAGUAGCAGGGAGCAUGCUAAGACGGUCAUGGCUGGAAUGACGGAUCCAAAGGCCCCCUUCAAGCUGGUGUACGUGACUCCAGAGAAAAUCGCUAAGAGCAAGCUCCUAAUGUCUCGUCUGGAAAAAGCCUACAAAGCAAACCUGCUGAGUCGUAUUGCUGUUGAUGAGGUGCACUGUUGCAGCCAAUGGGGUCAUGACUUCAGACCAGGUGAGUAUUCUGACCUCAGAUCAUAUUUGGUAAAAAAAACUGUCACUAUGAUGCGCUGCAUACUGGUUCAUCUGUGUGCUUCUCAUUCAGAUUAUAAGCUGCUGGGCAUCCUGAAGAGGCAGUUCCCCAAAGUGCCCCUCCUUGGCCUCACAGCCACAGCAACCAGUAGUGUCCUGAAAGACUGCGAGAAGAUCCUGUGUGUGCCACAGGCAAUCACGCUCACUGCUUCCUUCAAUCGAACUAAUCUCUACUAUGAGGUUCGUAUAAAGGAUUCUGACAGUGAAGCAUCAGUAAAUGACAUAGCUGCUCUGAUCAAGAGUAAAUACAAGGACCAAUCAGGAAUUGUGUAUGUACUCUCUCAGAAGGAUGCAGAGUUGGUGUCAGCAGAACUCCAGAAGAGAGACAUCUUGGCAUAUCCUUACCAUGCAAACAUGGACUCUGAGGACAAGUCCCGGGUUCACCGCAAAUGGACCUCCAACAAAAUUCAGGUCGUGGUAGCCACUGUGGCAUUUGGCAUGGGCAUUGACAAGCCUGACGUCAGGUUUGUCAUCCACCACACCAUCAGCAAGUCCAUUGAGAACUACUACCAAGAGAGUGGACGGGCAGGUCGAGAUGACUCUCCGGCCGACUGCAUUGUCUUUUUCGGCUUUGCUGAUAUCUUCAGGAUCAGCACCAUGGUGGUGAUGGAGAAUGUUGGUCAGCAGAAAUUGCUGCAGAUGGUAGAUUACUGCCAGAAUGUUGACAGGUGUCGGCGCUCUCUCAUGGCAGUUCACUUUGAUGAAGUGUGGGAUGAUGAAGGAUGCAACCAGAUGUGUGAUACUUGCAGUCAAGCAAAAGAUUACCCCACUGUGGACAUUACCCAACAUGCCAGGCAAGUGGUGCAGAUUGUGGAGCUUGCAGCCUCCAUGGAUGAGAAACUGACCCCACUGAAAUUGGUGGAUGCAUGGAUGGGGAAAGGCCCUGCAAAGCACAGGAAGAUGAUUCAGACCACCACGCUGUCUCGGCGACAGGCUGAAGUUGUGAUUGUUCACCUGCUCCUGCAGGGAUACCUCAGAGAGGAUUUCAGCUUCACACCUUACACCACCUACUUCUACAUGAAGCUGGGCCGCAAAGCUUCUCUGCUGAAGAACCCGACACACACACUAAGCGUGAAGAUGAGGGAUGCAGGGGCCGGAGCUGCUUUGGUAAAAGUCUCCAGUGGCAAGGGCAAAUCCAAAGAGGGAAAGAGAUCAGUUCAGAGCUGUGGAGAUGCCACUGUGUCCAAGAAAAUCAAGACAGAUCUCCCAUAGCCCUCUCUCACCUGCCCAGAAGACAAGUUUACAAAGACACCUCAGCUGUUAAAGUGAAUGAAGAGGAUGUCAAUAUGACCUUAGACUCCACUGUUGUGGAGGACAGCUGUCCCCCACAACCUAAACAGAUAAUAUUUAAAGAAAAGAAGAAUGUAUCAAGAAGACAAGACCUGAAGCCAGUCAGCCAGACAAACAAGCAGAUGGCGAGACCAGACAGAUGUGGAAAGGCAGAGGAAAAGAAGAAUAAACCUAUCGCAUUUCAACAUAUAAUUGAGGUGGAUGUUGAAAUGAACAGAGUACAUAAUGUAGGAAUCAGUGAUUGUCAGAAAACAGUGUCACAUUCAGAUAAACCUUGUUCCAGUUGCAAAUCCAGCACACCUCAGAGAAAGCGAAGGAAAGCUUGUGCUCACACAGCAGCAGCCACACGGCAUGUUCCCUGUCCAUCCACCCAUAUCACUGUGUCUAGCUCUCCUUCCCAGACAUCCAUCAUCUCUGACACAGCAGCCGAGGAGCUCUGCGACCUCAGGAAUUAUUAUGGCGAACAGCUGAGGAGAAUAAACAACAUUUCCCACGAGUACUUGGGGCAGCCCACACAUCCAGGAGUGCUGGCCUGUAUCAGGGAGCCUUUGAAGAGCCUCCGCCUGCCCCGUGGACUGAUCAUCGCCCAGACAGCUCGAACCCUGUGGACCCGCAUCAGUGGCAGGAGAAAGCUGGUCCGCUGCUGACUUUUGUUACUGUUUAAAUAUAAAAAAUAAAAUGAACUUUGUUUGGA